GCCUCACGGCCGCAGGAGGAAAUGUGGCCGCCAGGCUGGCCCUGGGCGAGAGGCACUGCAGGGCAUCGAGCUUCCUGGAGCUCAAUGGCUCCCGCCGGCCUGCUGGGUGUCUGCGGCCUGCUCUGCGCCUGGGGGGGCGGCAGCGGCGGCGGCGGGACAGCCCUGCGGCCUGGACCACCAGGUUUGUGUGACUGCAGGGAGCCCCCGGGUCCCCGCUUACACAUGUGGUGACACAGUGACUGGCAGCAGAGUGACAGUAACACCCUCAGAAGGCGAAGGGCACAUCUCAGCAGCUCUUUCCUCAGGGAUGGGCUGACUGCAGCGGGAAGAGCCUCCUGCACGCUCCAAGCUCCCUUCCAAGAAACAUCACCGGCUUAGACCUCUCCUUCAACAGCUUGGUCAUGCCGCAGCGCGGGACACUCCUGACGCAUUUCCCUUCCCUGCGCUCCCUCAACCUCUCUAGCAACACCCUGCUCACACUGCACCCCGCCGUCUUCUCCAACCUCGGGGCACUGUGCCUGCUGGACCUGAGCAAUUGCAGCAUCACCUACCUCCACACAGACGCUUUCAAGGGCUUGGAAAACUUGCAGACACUGCUUCUAAGAAGUAACAGUCUGCAAGAGCUGGAGGUCCCGUUCUUUCUGCCGCUGAGAAGUCUUCUCCACCUGAACCUGCAGAACAAUGCACUGAUGUCCGUGGACACUUUGAUGUUGCAGCUGAUGGAGGCCAUCCCAUGGGUCCUGCUGGAUGGGAACCCCUGGGUCUGUGACUGUGCCACGUACCCCUUGCAGCAGUGGCUGAAGCGCAGGCAAGCCAUGCAUGUCACUUGUGUGUCACCCUCGGAGCUGCGGGGACAGGUCAUCACAACUCUGGAGUCCUGGGAGCUGGGCUGCCAAAAAAGCCAGAGGUUUCCUCGAGAUGUCAGCCCAGCACAGCAGACCACAGCUACAAACAACAACACCACCGUGCCACCUGUGGGGAAGGGAGGGAGGAGCUGGCCGUACCUAGUGGGCUUCCUGGUGGCUGCCAUCAGCAUCUCCAUCCUGGUUGCUUUGGUUGCCAAGUGCAAGCUCUGCCACAAGAACUUCACCAGCUACCGCCACCGACCGCUGCCUGAAACCGGCUCGAUUGGAGGCAGCCCCUUGGAAGAGGGCACUGGCUGGGACAGGGGUUCCUCAGGCUGGGGUGACAGUGAGAACCCCCCCGUGUCCAGUGUCACCGGCCUGCACGUUGAAGAUGAUGAUGGCUUCAUUGAGGACAACUACAUUCAGCCCAGUGAGCAGCUGCCGGAAGAAGAGGAGAGAGAGUCGCACAUCUCCAUAUGAGGCUGCAGUCCCUCUCUAACCCUAUGGCCCCAUCUCCUUCCUGCCAUUUCCACCUGCCCUUGGCUUUUGUCUCCAUGCAGACAGGGGCAGGAGGGAAGGAGUGGGGUGAAGGUGUCCCUGUGCCCUGCUGUGACACCAGCAGAGCUGCACUGGCUUGGAGACACCAGAUGUGCUGCUGUUCUCCCAGUCUUGCUUGAGUACUGAGAAUGAACAGGAUGGUCUUGAUUGCAGCUGGGCAAGGCAGGAUGCCCAGGGAUGGGUCUGUCCACCUCCCUGUCCUGCUGCUCCCUGUGGGGACUUGGGCACCAGCCCCUCUGCCCCAUGGCACUGGACCUGGCCCUGCUUUGUCCCCACUCUGUUGUCACUCUGGGUGCAAUUAAAGCAUUCAACCCUG